AUGGAGAAGAACCCGUCUUUUGUCCUGCGCGCGGUUGGAGAUGUUGUGAUUGAGGACCGGCCCAAGCCAGAGCUCCAAGACCCUUACGAUGUGAUCGUUUAUGUUGCGCAAACUGGUAUCUGUGGAAGUGAUGUUCACUAUUGGCAACGCGGUCGCAUUGGCGACUACACGCUCACCGGCCCCAUGGUUCUUGGUCAUGAAUCUUCCGGCGUAGUCAUUAAGACAGGACAUAAGGUCUCUCACUUAAAGCCGGGUGACCGCGUUGCUAUCGAGCCUGGCGUUCCAUGUCGACGGUGCGAAUACUGCCGGAAGGGCUCCUACCACCUCUGCAGCAGCAUGGCAUUUGCGGCGACCCCACCAUGGGAUGGAACUCUUGCAAAGUACUACAUCAACGCGUCAGAUUUCUGCUAUAAAAUACCAGAUUCGAUGGACCUGGAGGAAGCGGCUAUGGUGGAGCCUCUCUCGGUGGCUUGCGCCAUCACAAAAACUGCCGAUUUGUGUGCCCACCAGACCGUCUUAGUUCUGGGAUGUGGACCUAUCGGGGCCCUUUGCCAGGCUGUCGCUAAGGCUUACGGUGCUAAGACGGUCGUGGCUGUUGAUAUCGUUCAGUCUAGGCUUGAUAUUUCGAAGUCUUAUGGCGUGGACCAUUCCUUCAUUCCUCCUCAGGCAGAGCCUGGUGCAGACCCUAUGGAACAUGCAGAAAAGGUUGCUGAAAGCAUGAAGCAGCAACUCGAAAUCAAAGAAGGAUUUGACGUUGUUCUGGAGUGCUCUGGUGCCGAGCCUUGCAUUCAGCUGGGCAUAUAUGCUGCCAAACGAGGCGCGACCUUUGUCCAGGCAGGAAUGGGUAAAGAGAACAUCCUCUUCCCAAUUACCGCAGUUUGCACCCGGGGCCUAGUCAUGAAAGGUUCUAUUAGAUACCUUGCUGGAUGCUAUCCUGCUGCGAUUGACUUGAUUGGCAGUGGUAAGAUUGACGUGAAGAAAUUGAUUACAAACCGUUUCAAGUUUGAGGAGGCGGUACAAGCCUUCGAGUUGGUCAAGGCUGGAAGACAUGACGUUUUCAAAGUCAUGAUUGCUGGUGUGCAGUAG